AUCGGCGACUUUGGAGACUGUCGAAGGAAAGGUUCCCGCUAUCCUGGUGGAGAGAUGUCUGUAAGGUGGUCGGCACCAGAGGUUUUGACGAGCAGCGAAAACUACAGCACGAAAUCUGACAUCUGGGCCUAUGGUAUAGUCCUCUGGGAGGUAUACAGUCUCGGGCACGUACCCUUUUUUGAUAUACCCAAUACCAAGCUGAGCGAAGCCCUGGAGAAAGCCUUCCGUGAGGGCAGGUGUCCACUUCAGUUCCCCGAUUAUACUCCCAAAGCCGUCCAGCGGAUAGGCCUUGCAGAGGAAGCUGACGCCUUCUUCUUCUUCUCCUCGAUCUCUGUCUGCGAACUGCUCAUCAACUUCUCCCAACAGCCACUUAAACGGUAA